UUGAAGCCGGCAGUAUUUCUAACUUCACACAGACACUGGUUCACAGUGCGCCCAACCAUGCCCGGACAGGAAUCAACGGCGGCGGCCCACGGGUCACCCAAACUCGGGUACACCAACACCAACUCCGCUCCGGUGCCGGUCAUGACCCAGACGGACUCUCGAGACAAAUGGAGCAAAAAGAUGGAUUUUCUCUUAUCUGUCAUUGGCUUCGCUGUGGACCUGGGGAACGUCUGGAGAUUUCCAUACAUUUGUUAUCAAAAUGGGGGCGGUGCUUUUCUUAUUCCGUACAUCCUGAUGGCAAUCUUCGGGGGUGUCCCGCUCUUUUACAUGGAGCUCGCGCUAGGACAGUUCCACAGAACUGGCGCCAUAUCCAUAUGGAAACACAUCUGUCCAAUUUUUAAAGGUAUCGGCUACUCUAUCUGCAUCAUUGCGUUGUACGUGUCCUUCUACUACAACACCAUCAUCGCCUGGGCACUCUUCUACUUCUACUCCUCCUUCUCCACCACCCUGCCCUGGACCAACUGCGACAACGCCUGGAACACCCCCGACUGCACCAACUACUUUGGCCGAGACAACGUCACAUGGACCAACUCCUCCAAAUCCCCUGCAGAGGAGUUUUACACGAGGAACGUUCUAGAGAUCCACCGGGCCGACGGACUGCGUGAUGUGGGCGGUGUUCGCUGGCAGCUCAUGCUCUGUCUCUUCCUCAUCUUCACUAUUGUGUACUUCAGCCUCUGGAAGGGCGUGAAAACGUCGGGGAAGGUGGUGUGGGUGACGGCCACGCUGCCCUACGUGGUGCUCCUGAUCCUGCUGGUACGGGGGGCCACGCUGCCGGGGGCCUGGAGGGGCGUGGUGUUCUACCUGAAGCCCCAGUGGAGCAAGCUGCUGGAGACCAGCGUGUGGGUCGAUGCUGCAGCUCAGAUAUUCUUCUCCCUGGGUCCGGGGUUUGGAGUGCUUCUGGCCCUCUCCAGCUACAACCCUUUCACUAACAACUGCUAUCGUGACGCCAUAGUAACCAGCCUGGUGAACUGCCUGACCAGCCUGGUGUCAGGCUUUGUCAUAUUCACGGUGCUGGGCCACAUGGCUGAGAUGAGGAACAUGGAGGUGGCGGAUGUGGCCAGGGACAAGGGCCCCAGUCUACUGUUCAUCACCUACCCAGAGGCCAUCGCCAAUAUGAGGGGCUCCACCUUUUUCGCCAUCAUCUUUUUUGUGAUGAUGAUCACUUUAGGCCUCGACAGCACGUUUGGCGGGCUGGAAGCCAUCAUCACAGCUGUUCUGGACGAAUACCCCGACACGUUCGCUCACCGACGGGAACUCUUCGUUCUGUUACUAGUCAUUGUAUGCUUUCUGGGCUCGCUAAGCACACUCACACAUGGUGGAGCCUACGUGGUGAAGCUCCUGGAGGAAUUCGGAGUGGGCUCCUCAAUCAUUGCUGUUGGCUUCCUGGAAGCCAUUGCUGUCUCCUGGUUCUACGGUAUCAACCGCUUCAGCAACGACAUCAAGUCCAUGUUGGGCAGUGCUCCUGGAAUGUUCUGGAAGGUGUGCUGGGUGGUCAUCAGUCCAGCCUUUCUUGCGUAUAUAAUAGUGAGCUCCCUGGUAAGGCCCCAACCACUCACUCUGUUUGAGUACAAGUACCCAGACUGGAGCAUCAUGGUGGGCUACAUGGUGGGGCUCUCCUCCUUCAUGUGGAUUCCCAUCUACAUGGUCUACAAGCUGGUGUGGACCCCCGGCUCACUCAAACAGCGCCUGGCAGUAUGUCUGAGACCAGAGAGAACACUCGCUGAAAUCAACAGAGAUGCCCUCAACAUGGCAAACAUACCGUAGUCAGAGAACAUGGCCCUUUUUUGUCUUUUUCAACUCAACACAGCCUCGGACAUGUGUAUUAUUUAGCUGAACACCCAUCAAAAGUCCCAAUCCUUAAUUGUAUUUUGGUCUACAGAGACACUCAGGAUGUAUGCAAUGCUCGACUGUUGUCUACAUUCUUGUCUACAGCUGGCGGGGGCUUGUAAAUAGCGGUUUGUAAUGUUGAUUGAUGCAGUGACACCGUUUAGCAGGUAGCUGUAUCCAAACCGUUUAGCAGGUAGCUGUAUCCAAACCGUUUAGCAGGUAGCUGUAUCCAAACCGUUUAGCAGGUUGCUGUAUCCAAACAGUUUAGCAGGCAGCUGUAUCCAUAGCUCUAGCAGAUAGCUGUAUCCCUAGCUCUAGCAGAUAGCUUUUUCAAUACCGUUUAGCAUGUAGCUGUAUCCAUAGGUCUAGCAGGUAGCUGCAUCCAUAGCUCUAGAAGAUAGCUUUAUCCAUACUGUUUAGCAUGUAGCUGUAUCCAUAGCUCUAGCAGGUAGCUGUAUCCAUACCGUAUAGCAGGCAGCGGUUUCAAUACCAUAUAGCAGGUAGCUGUAUCCAUACUGUAUAGCAGGUGGCUGCUUCCAUACUGUUUGGCUGUAUCUAUAGCUCUAGCAGGUAGCUGUAUCCAUAGAUCUACUAUGUAGCUGUAUCCAUAGCUCUAGCAGGUAGCUAUAUCUAUACCGCUUAGCAGGUAGCUGUGGAUGUUCUGAAGCCCCUUCAUUAUCAGGAUCCAGCUAUGCAGUGUUCAUAGAGCCGACUAUUAAAAGGAAGUGUUUGGCUCAGAAAGUUAUGGGGUUUUAAUUGCAUGGGGACUGCAUCCUGAAGAGGUUACACCUGAGCUUAAAAAGAAUAAUCCUACUGCAUUAUGCUGUUGUGCUUUGACUGUGCUAUGUAGAACACAAACAAUGAAUAAGUCGGUCUGAUUGGUCAGAUCUGAAUGCAUACUCUGUACAGCGACAGUUAGUUCAUUCUAUUGAUUUAGGAAAAACUACAACAAACAUAAAUAUUCAUAUAAGUCAGUUCCUGUCCUGUUCAACAAGUAAAGAAUUGAAACAACUUGGGGAGGGACGAGACCUCAUGACAUCUCUAUACUGAUGGUGGGGUUUGUGUUUUGCAUGUUGGUUUGUGUGUCUUAAAUGUGUCACGAAUCUGUCACUAAUAUUUUGUCAAUAUAGUAAUCACAAGUUUCCCUUCUGGUCAGCUGUUCAAUUAAAACAGCAUUUUGUUUUGGUGCCAAGACAAACUGGUGUUUCCUGUGCGCCAUACACUAUAGAUUUGUUUGUGACUGAAGGGUUUUGCAGAUAUGGCUUAAGUAGAAACUGUAUGACAGAUUUAUAUUAAAUACUCAAUGAUAACUCUGUAAAUGUAUGUAGGUUAACACACUCUGUGGAUUCAAAAUACAGUAUUCUUUUCCUGCCAAAUGUUUGUAAUGAAGUAAGCAGCCGUGUUCAGACAGAGAACGUCAGUUAAAAUGUUCAAGUAUCCCCACCGUGGAGGCCGAUGCUCCAAGUGAACAGGGUCUCUCCACUCUAAGAACACUGGUUACAGUAGUAACCCGUUCUGCAGCUCCAUGCCCGUUACAAAGCCCUAGAGCUGCAGUUCCAUCCGCACCUCCAACCACUUUGAAACAGAUGACAGAUCUUUGUCUGACACCUCCAGCUAACUUAUAUUGCCUUCUCUGCCUUAAAUCUGUUAUUUGUACAUACGAUGUAAAUGUUGUAUUGAUAUUGUGCCUCUCCAAAGAAAAAAUAUUUUAUCUAAAUAUUCUGAUCUAAAAAGACUGUUCAAACUUGUUUGUAGAUAAAUGUUAAAUUCAAUAUUGUAAAACAUGUGUUUAGGUGCGGGAGUUGGACAAUAACAUUCUUCCUGUUUGGCGAUCUUAUUUAUUGUGUAAUGAAUAUAAAACAUAUGAAAUGGGUGUUUGUGUGUGUGUGUGUGUGUGUGUGUGUGUGUGUGUGUGUGCACGUGCUCCAUUCUGAAUUAAAUCUCAUCAACAUGCAAGCUUAAAACAUCACAUGAAUACGUUUAAGUCAAAAGCCGCACACAAAAAAAAAGAUAAUUGACAGUGUACAGCUAAUGUUGUCUGAUCUUGUUGACUUUACUUAAAGGUAUUUUUAAGGUUUAGCUAAAACUGAGGCACAAACAAUGGCAUAACAGUCUUUUGCACCAUCAUGCGAUGACAGGGGAUGUAUCGAAUACGUGUUUUCAUCUCCUGUCGUGUUAGGCUUGUGUCGUUGGAAGCUUGAUGUUUUCACCUCAAUGGGCUAUUUUAAUUAACAGGCUGAUUUGCAAGACCCAGAAUUCAUCUCCAUACAGGCAGAGAGAACGGCUUUCACCUUCAAAUGCUUUUAAUAAAAUGUUUUAUUAAACAGGUUGCCCUCCUCUUUGUGUUACACACACACACACCACACACACACACACACAUACACUAAUGUUGUAACCGUUUGGCCUGCAGUUAUUCACACAGGUUUAGUUGGAAGGUCCUCUUAACGAUGUAGAAUAUCAAUAAGAACACACUAGUUAGAACACACUAGAGUCUAGCUUGUUCUCCUGGUUGAGGAUAGCCCUGAUCAAAGGCCCACAUGACACACAUGUUACAGCUGAGGUGUUUUCAAACACACACAGAUGCAAUGAUUUGUGUUCUUUCACACAACAGCUAUGAUGCGAGGAAAUUAUCAGCUGCACAGAUAUGU